AUGCGUUCUUCCUAACUGGCUAACUUCCUUCAACAAGGUUCCAGUUUUGUAUUAAUCAAUCCAACCAAUUUUCUGCUUCUGACCUUUAUUAACAUCAAGAUGAGUGAAAAUAAAGAUGAGAAUUGUAGGUUAAAUCCUGUUGCAAGAGCAAUACUCCAAGGUCUGUAUGAUGAGGACAGUCCUUUGCAUAAGUUGCUAGGCUUGCAUUAUGUUUUGAAGGCCAUUUGGAGCAACCUUGUGGAAUAUUGGAAAUCAAAAAUAAUACAACCCAAUGAUAAAUAUUCUGAAGUUCAUGAAAACCUGUUACGCGUGAGUUGUGUAAAAGUUGAGAGCCGUCAUCAAGGAGUAUUAGUUGUACGGUUUCCAAAACCUAGCAACCUCAAUAUUAAUAUGAUGCCAUUUGUGAUGGCAAAGGAGUUCAAAGAAACAAAACUACCCAAGAAAUUAAAAGGCUAUUUUGAUGAAAUUAUUAAACACUGUAUUGUAAAUAACGAAAUGGGUGAAAUAGGUUAUCUUACCAUCCACGAGAGUUAUGUUGAUGAAGGUACCUCACAAAGAAGACCUGGAUUACAUACAGAGUCACCUGGUGUUGUUAUGAUGAAAGAUGCCAUGGGAUGUUUGAUCCAAAAAUAUAUUUAUUGGGCUGGUGGCCAAGAUUAUCAUAGAUUUGUUGAAACGGACAGGGAGUUAGAAGGUGGUAUUUACAUGGUUUCAAAUGUUGCAAAUUCUUGUAAAGUUUGGAAUUGUGAGAUAGUCAGACCAGGAGUUGAUUCCAUUGAUAUUGUUGGAAAACAUGGAGAUAUUGAGCAUUUGCGAGAGUUUUUACCUGUUGAGGGUGAAAUGAUGGAGGCAAAUACUGUUUAUUGGAUUACAGAUCGAACACCUCAUGAAUCAUUACCACUAACCCAAGGAACAUAUAGACAAUAUUUCAGGCUUGUCACAAGUCUAGUUUCAGUAUGGUAUCAAGAUCAUUCUACCGAAAACCCGAAUGGUGUUGUCCCAAACCCAAAACUAACAAAAGUUCUCAAAGGAUCGAAGUUUGAUGGAAUUUGUUCUGUGGUUGAUCCUUAAAGAACUAUUUUGUAAAAAGUAGAGGCUUCCUGUCACCUGCUGUGGUAUUUGUUUCAUAUUCAGUGAAUGAAUUAACAUUUCACAUGUAAUCAACUGUACAGUAUUUAUACAUGUACAACAUGUACAACUUGAUCUGCUUUUUUAUUAGUUUGAAUGCCAUUGACGAAAUGCCAUUGCGCAAGCUAGCGCAGGGAAGGUGCUUGGGCUUUUCCUCUGCUGUCUUCAUUUCAUUUAUACACAUCCAUGCAGCAACCCCUCGCUAUUUCAAACCAAGUAAAGAAUUUCCUGAGCUAACCUGACCUUAACUUAUACUAUGAAAUGACUCAAAACUCAAAUCAAUCUAUAUUAUAUUUCAUUGAGUAUAUUAUACUCCAAAUACCAGGUGCACAUGUGAGCCCAAGAUAAAUACUGAACGUUAUAUGAACUCUUUGUUUUAAUCGAUUAACUAAUGUGUGUGAGUAUUAUAUAUAGUUUAAAUUGAUGCAAAUAUAGGGAAUUAUAGCUUUUAAAAAUUGAAACAUAGAAUAUGUAUAAAUUUGAAAUUUUUAUUCUGUGACAAUAAAGACCUAUCUAUUGAUCGAUUGAGAAGAGUAUUGAUCAUGAAAGUUCAAGUUCAAUCAGAUUGGUCGAACGAUGCGAUAAAUGAUAA